AUGAGAAACUUUAAACAGUUGAAGACUCUUCGACGUUCGCAGGCUUCUUUGCCAAUUGCUGCUUUUCGUGAGGCUAUAAAAACCGCUGUCUCCACCAAUCAGGUCACUAUUAUUGCGGCGGACACGGGCGCAGGAAAAUCGACACAAGUCCCACAGUAUCUUUUAGAAAUGGGGUACACAGGAAUUGCUUGCACUCAGCCAAGACGAAUUGCUUGCAUUUCAUUGGCUAAAAGAGUCUCAUUUGAAACUUUAAAUGUUUACGAUACCGAAAUCGCUUACCAGAUUCGAUUUGAUACCUCGAAAACUCGAAAAACGAAGAUCCUUUUUUUAACUGAAGGGUUAUUACUUCGGCAACUCGCUUCCGAUCCGCUUUUAUCAAAAUACGAGCUUGUGAUUAUGGAUGAAGUGCAUGAGAGAAAUAUUUACUGCGACUUUUUACUGGGAAUGAUGAAAAGUUUACUCUGCAAACGGGCGGACUUGAAGCUCAUAUUAAUGUCCGCCACUAUUAAUAUUGAUUUAUUUUCAUUAUAUUUCCAGAGCUCACCUAUUAUUCAGGUACCUGGCCGGUUGUAUGAUAUUGAAGUUCGUUAUAAACCGAGUGAAGCACCAAUGGAGAUCGUCGAGAAAAAAUUGGACACACGGCCGUACAUCCGCCUCCUCGAAGAAAUUGAUCAAACGUAUCCAAUCACAGAAAGAGGGGACGUCUUAGUGUUUAUGAGCGGCGUGGCUGAAAUACAUUCCUUGUUUGAAGAGGUCACUAAAUUUGCUGAAAAAAGCCAACAGUGGAUUGUUUUACCUUUGCAUUCUCUACUGAGUUUUGCUGAACAGGAUAAAGUGUUUGAAAGCGCUCCUGAAGGGAAGCGGAAGUGCAUAAUCUCCACUAAUAUUGCUGAAACUUCUAUUACGAUUGACGGCAUUCGUUUUGUUAUUGAUUCCGGAAAAGUAAAGGAAAUGGCGUAUGACAGUAAAGUUAACAUGCAGCGCUUAACGGAGUACUGGAUUAGCCAGGCCAGCGCAGAGCAAAGAAAAGGGCGGGCAGGACGGACUGGGCCGGGAGUUUGCUUUCGUUUGUACGAUAACAACGACUAUCAAGCAUUCAGCCGCUACUCGACUCCGGAAAUUCAACGUGUUCCGAUUGUUUCUAUGCUUCUUCAGAUAAAAGUAAUGACGAAUACUGACCCGCGUACUUUUGAUUUCAUCGAGCCUCCCAACAAAGAUGAUAUAGAAUUGGGAUUAGAUUAUUUAAAAAAGAAUGAAGCAAUUCAUGAGGUGACGGAACACGUGACUGUGUUAGGAAAAGUAUUGUCAAAGCUACCAAUUAGUAUUCCGCUUGGAAAAAUGCUUAUUUUUGCUACAGUAUUGGAUAUCAUUAAGCCAACAGUUUCCAUAGCUGCUCUGUUGUCCGUCCAGUCACCAUUUAUUACCAAACACAUUGAUAGCCAAAGCGAAGCUUACGAGUUUAGACACAAGUUUGAUUCGAAACACGGCGAUGCGUUUACUUUGUACAGCGCUUAUAAUGAAUGGCUCAAAGUGAAAUCUGAAUCUAAAGAGCAGUCAAAACUUUGGUGUCGUAAACAUUCGAUAGAAGAACAAAGGUUUUACGAAGUUUCAAAGUUGAUAAAACAGUUUGAAGAUAUUCUUAUAGAUAAUAAACUCAUUCAUUAUAAUUUAAACACAACGGAAGUUCUUAAAGAAAAGCGAUACAAGAAAACAAUAAGUUCUCGCAAAAGAAAACAUGAUGAGGAUGAGCUUUACUUAAAACCGGGCGAUUCGGAAAGUAGCUCAAAGUUGUUAUCGAACAAUGAAUUGAACGGGCCAUUGGCUAAAGACAAUAAUACUAUGCAAACACUUGAAGAAAAAGAAAUAUUUCUGCUCCAACUUAUCUUGGUGUGCGGCCUUUACCCUCAUAUUGCUGUGCCCGACUCCGCAAAUCGUGUGCGACGUCCAACUGAAUUGGUCUACCAUUCCCAACUGAAGCCUUUGUUAGUCCUUCAUCCAACGAGCGUCUUUUACUCAAAACCGGAAUAUAUCGAUCAGAGUGGGCCAACCAUUAAAGACUUUCUGUGUUAUAUGUCCUUAUUGGAAACUAAAAAACCUUAUUUGAUCAACUGCGUGCGUAUUCCCAGUUUCCACUAUUUGCUCAUGUUCGCCAGAAGUAUUGAGGCUGAUGCCACAUGCCAGCACCUUCUUAUCGACUCUUGGCUUGGAUUGACUAUAAAGGAAAGUUACAAGACGGCAGAGGCGCUUCUUUUGUUGGUUGUUCGUAUUCGCUAUUGGUGGAAUGAAUUGCUUUCACAAAAGCUCAAGUCAAUGGAGCCCUCAUUGUCUUCCCCAGCACCUCUUUCAGGCGCUAAACAUAAGCCAGUUGCUUCGAUUAAAACGAAACUUUCAAGGGAACUUGUCGAGUUUUAUAAAAACUUUUGUGGGAUCGAGCACGCGGAAGAUCACAUGGCCAAUUUUCCUAAAAAUAAUGAAACUUCAGAAGGAGUGAAAGCAAAGCUUACUUCUGCUAUUUUUCAAUUCCUCUCCUUAAAAAUAACUCAUAAAUUUGUAAAAGUUAAACAGUCAGAACUGGAGGAAUUUCUAGAUCUAGAAGAAGGCACUAAUAAAUGUAUUUCCCCUCGCCAAGGAAACGGCGAGGGCCUAGGACUUGCGCUCAGCGACUUUUGUAGAGUCGGUUCAUUAAAAAAAAAUGUGGCGUGGACAGACACUGGUCAUCUUUUUAGAAAAGAAACUCUAGACGAAAGUAAAGAAGACCCCUUAGACCAAAAAGAAGCACGUGAAGAAAAAGUAAAAAAUCACGUGGAAAAAGAAACCACAUGGCGCUGCUCUCUCUGCCUCGCGGAGACUCGCAGUUCGUUACAGAAAUUCUUGGUGCAUUUAAAAAACUGUCUUGACUCUACUUUUGACCAAUUCGGGCUCGCAAAUACUACCGAGGACGAAUCGAAAGUCUCGGUUACUAGUGGAAACUCGGAAACAACCAAUGUUAGAAGAAAUUUUUAUUUUUGCACUCUUUGCGAUUCGGAGUACAACUUUUCUGCUAUUGAAAUUUUGAAACACAAACGUUCCCACCAAAAAUUGAGCGAAUAG